GAGAGAAGGAGAAGGAGAAUGUUGGAAUUGAGAGAAGGGUCUUGUUUGCCAAAUGUGCUGGUGGGUGUGAAUGUGGGUCUUGCUUUUGUUGAUGCCAUUAUAGCUGCUCUUGCAUUCUAUCAGUUAAUUAGGUUUCACUCGAGGAAUUCACAAGUUGGAUGGACUCGCCAAAAAGUUUUUCACCUGUUGAUUGGCUCUUCGAAUAUGGGUUGCUUGAUUUAUUUAGUAUUAACUCUUUUUGCUGCUUGCAAGCGGUGGAAAUGUUGGUCCAACUCUUGUGGUUUUAGCCUUAUGGCAUUACCCAAAAUUUUGUUUUUUGCUGCAUUCCUUCUACUUUUAUCAUUCUGGGUUGACCUGUGCCAUCAGGCAGAUGACGAAGAUGAGGAGGAUGAAGGUAGUUUUCAGGAAACUCUAUUGGAGAAGACAUUUAGCAAAACUAAUUCGUUGGACACUGAUAGGCCUAGAAGGUGCUUUCCUCGAAUUGUCCAUGUUGGAAGUCGCCAGAAAAUUGUGAUUCUGGUUACUCUGCUAGUUUUCACUAUAAUGAUCGCAUGUGCUGUGGUUAUCUGGAUUGGGAUGGGAAAAAAUCCCAUUGAUUCUGCUGUAGUAGCUCGGGUAUAUGUAGAUCUUUUUGCAGUAGUGACACUAUUAUUGGGAGGAGCAUUGGCAUGCUAUGGACUCCUAUUAUGCUUGAGAAUGAGACAAGUUAGAUCUGAGAGAGCCUCUUCUGAAAUGUGGAAGGUUGCAGGUUUAGCUGUCGUUUCUGUUCUAUGUUUCGCCUCAAGUGCUUUGGUGGCUCUAUUAACUGAUAUACCUGUGCUUUACCAUUGCUAUCAACAGCCAGUGAAUGGUGUUUAUACUGCUUUUUUGCUGAUUUUAUAUUAUUUUGUAGGUUCAUCAAUACCCUCAGCUUAUGUUUUAUGGGUCAUGAGAGAAUUACCACCCUCAAUACCAGCUAACACACGACAACGACAAGAAGAACCAACUACAUUAACUUUCCUUAGUGAUGAUUCCAAUGCCUUUGAUCCCAAUGCAUUACCACAUCCUCAUGGCUGGACUGCAGCAAUGAGCUUGGGGAACCAGGUGCAGGUAUCAAGAGCAAGUCCAAUAUAACUCUUCCUGUUUUUGCAAACUCUUGAAUAUACCGACGUACCUGCAUGCAAAGCAUGUUGCUGCCGUCCCAAACUUAUGAAGUGAGCCGAAGGCACUGAACUAUUAUCUCAGAUACCAACAGCUUGUGGCUAUGAGAUGAAGAGGGUGUUAUGCAUACUUGACAGGAAUUUUGUGUACAGCCAUAGGUAGCAUUGCCAUGGUUUUGACAGUUUAGGAUGU